AUGGGAAAACCAGGUGCUUACAAGACAGCCAACCUGCCACCUGAUUUCAUGUGGUCACCUCAUAGACGCGGCAUUGGCUACUUUCGAUCUUACCAUUCAGCUUACACUUACGAGAACAAAGAUAAACUUCAAAGUUAUUCGCGGUCUGUCAAAUAUGCAUACUAUAUUGGGACCUCUCUGGGAAAGUUCUUGUCAGAUUUUUGUGAUAGGAAUAUCCCACCAGAUAAUGUUCACUGUAUAGGUCACAGUUUGGGCAGUCAUAUUAUUGGAUAUGCUGGUGAAACAUUCAUGAAUAUAACAAAGGAGAAGCUAUGGCGAAUCACAGGAUUGGAUCCGGCUGGCCCAUGUUUUUCUAAAAGUCGUGUCGAGGAUCAUAUACGAUCGGGCGUUGGAAAGUAUGUUGAAGUGUACCACUGUAAUGCUGGAUAUUUGGGUACGAUAAGAACAAUUGCGGAUACGGAUUUCUUUUUCAAUUACGAAGGAAAAAUUCAGCCAGAUUGUGAUGCAGGCGAUAAUCUCGAAGAAACCGUGAAAUGCUAUCACAAAGCCUGCGUCAGGUACUGGAUGAAGACAGUUCAUAAUCCGGAAUUGUACGUGGCUCGCUCCUGUCCUUCAUACAAAGCCUUUGCGCAAGGUUUAUGUGAAGAAAAUGAGACAACAAUAGCUGGCUGUUAUAACCCUGGUGAUGCCCGAGGCAUUUUUUAUGUCUCCACUAAUAUAACUCCUUGAUUUUUAAGGUUAUUUAGUGAAUAUUGUCUAAUUUACAAAAUAUAUUUUUUUUGGAAUCACUUUUACGUUUGUUUUUUUGCCAUAUUCUCUAAGUAAUCGAUUGUAUUAGUUAUUA